UCUAUUGUCAAAAUUGUCAUUUGUCAAACAAAAACAAUUUGGUAUAUAGCACAAAAAAAUUGCAAAUAACAAUGAUAAAAUGGAGAUAUUGUUGAGAUUGGUGCCCACGAAUCCCAUAAGAUUUUCAGCUUCUAGGAUAUUAUUAACCAAUGUAGCAAAUUACACAAGAUUAGCUGAAGUGGGAAAACUAGAAUCACCAAAAACAUCUGGUAAAUAUGAUACUGGGCAACUAAUUUUACAUAAAGUGUUUGGGUAUAGAGGAGUUAUACUGUUUCCCUGGCUUGCUCGUGUAUACGAUAGAGAUGCGACAAGCAAGAAGGAAAAUACUGAGACAUCAAGUACCACAGAGACUUCAGGAGAUACUCUAACGAAUGUGGGGAAAGAAGUUAAGGGCAGAACUCAUACUUUUUAUCAGGUUCUGAUAGACACAAGAGAUGCACCUUACAUACGGGCGCAGACAGAAGCGGUCACAUUUCUUGGCAAUCAAGAGUCAAGUCGGAGUUUAUAUGCUAUUCCUGGGCUGGACUAUGUAGCACAUGAUGACAUAAUACCGUAUACUUCAGUGGAACGAGUACCAUUGCAACAUGAGCUGUUCGAUAAGUUUCUUAUGAAUAAUCCAGACAAAGACCCACCAUUCAUAGCCCAAGAGACAUUACGAGCGUGGCAGAAGAAAAACCACCCGUGGCUAGAGCUGAGCGAUGUCCACCGCGAGACUACAGAGGGCGUGCGCGUCACCGUUAUACCUUUCUAUAUGGGCAGCCGCGAAUCACAGAACUCAGCAGUCUAUUGGUGGCGGUAUUGCAUUCGUCUGGAGAACCUGGGACCCCAGGCGGUGCAGCUGCGAGAGCGUCACUGGCGCAUCUUCUCUCUGAGCGGCACGUUGGAGACUGUGCGCGGUCGCGGUGUGGUCGGGCAGGAGCCAGUACUGGCACGACACUCGCCUGCCUUCCAGUAUAGCAGCCACGUCAGCCUGCAGGCGCCCAGCGGCCAUAUGUGGGGCACAUUCCGAAUGGAACGUGAAGAUGGGUACACAUUCGACUGCCGCAUACCACCGUUCUCGUUAGAAAGUAAACCGGACGAGGGCGCUCCAGUGGCACCGACGCCGGCCCCAUGAUGUCACCUGUCCGUCCUUCGACCAUGGCUGUUGCAGUUAAGACUAUGAGACCCGAUGUUGAUGCCAAAAUCAAUAGUUCUACAAUAACGAUAUCAUGACGUCUGAAACCUAAGAUCACGUCAGUUUGUUAGGAUGUGAUGAAUAUUGUUUUAUUUGUGAUGUUCAUUCAGUCAUUAUUUUUAGCAAAAUAUUUUUUCUCAUGGAAAAGAAAUAUUUGAUGCUGUUAUUAUAAUUAUUAUUUAUUGUGUUCGGAGUGGGUGGAGAUCCUGUUAGGUAUAUUCAUUGCAUCCAUUGUUUGUUUUGACAAAUUCCUUAGUCAAUAUUUUAUUAUCCUAGAUCUGUAAUAAAUUACAGUAUUCUGUUAAUUUUCAAUGCUUUUAUUUGAGUCCACAUUUCCAUAAAGCUGUGUUUUCAACUUAGGGAAUGUAUGGCCGGGUAGACCUCCACGCGGUUCCCUCUGGAAACCAUCGUUAAAAAUUCUUCGUGACAGUGUUCAUCUUAUGUUUCACCAUUGGUGCCCCGCCAAUGUAAACCGUUAGCACAGGCGGAUGAUGAGAUCCUUUCAGAGAAGAGGGUGAGGGGGGCUGAACUGAAAGUAAUAUUUUUAAUAUUUCAUAAGCUCUUGUUUGGAGCUUUAGGUACAUAAUAAUAUAAAAAAUAAAAUAAAAAAUAAAUAUUUUUCUCAACGGGAUUUUAAUUACAGAAUUAAAAUGUCUAUCUACUCUAUUAUUGUACACAAUGUGCAACAUAAAGGACCACAAACCAGGCAUAAUAACGAAAAUGAACAACCUUCCUCAUACAAGUUUCAUGAGCAUGUACAAAAUACAAGUGAAAAAUUGUAAAUAUAAUUUAAAUAUGUUCCUUAAUAUCUGUGCUAUAUUAAUUAAUAUACUGAAAAUUAUUAUUGUCUAACGCCAUGCCUGUUUACCUUAGCAGUUUUGUUCCUUGAGGAAAAUUGUUAGUUCCAUUGUUGAACUUCACACUUCUAGAUCCUUUUCCCUACGCCUUAUACUAUACUAUACACUCAAAAUGACUCAAAUAAAGCUGUACAAUAAAUAUAAAUUUGUACAUUGUUUUAGUUACAUUAAUAGGUUAGUCGUACUACAACUCUCAUUCUCUUUACUCAAUAAUAGAGUUAACCUUUACCGUUUAUUGCUAUAAAACUUUAUAAGGCUGGUUACACGUUUUAUAAAAAGCUCUUUAUAAUAAAAUUGUAUGAAAUUAUGAUUUACAUGAUUUAAUUAUAUUUAAAAUACUAUAUGGUGUGCGGUACAUUCCUUGUAUUGCUUGGUAGUUCCACAGUAUAUGAAUAUAGAUAGAUACAGACAGAUAAAAUUAGGGGUGUAAUUAUGUAACGAUGUUAUUAACAAUUCUUAAAUGAAAAAUAAAGAGGUUUAAUA